CAUAAGCUCGCUCACAGGCAAGGCAACUGGCGAUUCACCUGCCUCAAGCUCCGGGGACAUUGCGACAGCCGCAAUCCAACCAUCCAUUGAAGCCAGAAGGGUCACAACUUGUCAACUUGUCAGCCCUGCCAAAAUGCUUCUCCUCGACUAUCAAAAUGUGCUGAUUCAAUCGGUGCUUACCGAGAGAUUCUCCGGCGCGCCUCCCGUAUCGAUCGAUCAGACCGUCUCCGACUUUGACGGUGUUAUCUUCCACAUUUCCACUCCAGAGUCCAAGACCAAGAUACUUGUCUCGCUCCAGAUACGAUGCUACAAGGAUCUGGUCAAGUACGGCGCCGAGGAUGUCUUGAACCGUGAAUAUGGACAAUAUGUUGUCCCUCCCGAGCCCGGUUAUGAUUUCUCUGUUAUGGUGGAUCUGGAAAACCUUCCAAGCGAACCUGAAGCACGCGAGGAGCUCGUCAAGAAGAUCUCAUUACUCAAGCGCAAUGCCAUGGCGGCACCCUUCGAGCACGCAUAUGCUGAGCAUUACAAGCUGAAGGAGGAGGCGUCCAAGUACACAUCCGAAGAGGCACCGCAAGGCAUCCGUGAGGGAGGCGAGGUCAUGGCCAUCCACUACCGCGAGGAGGAGGCCAUCUACGUCAAGGCCAGUUUCGAUCGUGUGACCGUCAUCUUCAGCACCAUCUUCCGCGAGGAGACGGACCGAGUGUAUGGCAAGGUCUUUAUCCAGGAGUUUGUUGAUGCCCGCCGUCGCGCGAUCCAGAAUGCGCCGCAGGUCCUCUUCCGCAACGACCCGCCGCUUGAGCUUCAGGGAGUGCCUGGAGUCAAGGACACCGGCACGGGCGAGAUUGGCUAUGUGACCUUUGUGCUCUUCCCGAGACAUCUUACACCGCAGCGUAUGCCCGAUGUCAUCUCCCACAUUCAGACGUUCCGCGACUACUUCCACUACCACAUCAAGGCUUCUAAGGCCUACAUUCAUACCCGCAUGAGGCGACGAACUGCCGACUUCCUCCAAGUGCUCCGGAGAGCAAGGCCCGAUAGCGAGGAGAAAGAGCGGAAAACGGCAAGCGGCAGGACUUUCAAGGUGCAGGGUAACUAAUGUGAUUCUCACUGGGACUGUGUCGUCUUUUGUUCGGAGCUUAGCGUUGAUUAUGCGCUUUAAAUUGUCAUCAAACAGGUCUUUCGCCAUUGGAGAUAGAAGUGAUGAGCAUGGUGAUUUAUGAGACUAUGAUGUAAAUACGCAAUGACCGAUCGUAGCAUUGUGCGUACAGCCGCGCACAUUUAUGUACAGUCUGGCUGUGACGAGUCAACUUACACAAGUAGUUGAACGUUUAUAGCUUAGUAUGAUGCGACUCAAGUCACCCUCGAGAGACUAGCUUUACAGCACAGAUGCGUACAAGAAUUUGUUUUAAGG